UUAGCCUAUAACAGUACAAAAUUAGUAACGACGAAGCAUUCGCCGCACUACGCGAACUAUAGAUAUAAGCUAACUACUUAUUAGAAUCUAAAGGACAUUAAAAGUAUCGUAGUAGGAGCAGAUAAUAAAGCGAAGCUUAUGCGAGAAUUGCACGAAGAAUUAAGUAUACGAAUCUACCCUAUCUUUUAUAAAAAACUCCUAGAACUAGCACCUCUAGAUACUAAGCUAGUAAUAGAUAUAGAGCUCAAAGACGACGAGUACAAGAUCGAGGAAAUCAAGAACCUACGGAAAAUUAGUAGUUAGUAGAAGUACUUAGUUAAGUAGCAAGAAUAGCCUAAAAACCACAAUACUUAGGAACCUAAAGGAAACCUAACGAACUAUAAGUCACUAGUACGUAAAUACUACUAGAAGUACCUAGAGAAGCGAGGGGAAGCCCCUCGAAGAGAAAGGAAUAAUUAAAAGAAGAAUUAAAGAAGUCAGCCUAUAACU